AUGACGUCCAAAUAUCGAGUUCUCCAUAUAGGCGACAACAUCAAGUACAACCACGAUGUUUACCAGCGCUUCGCCUCGGAAUUUGAAAUCAUCCAACCCACGGCCGCAGAGCGCGAACGGGCCGAAGCGUCGCUGGGGGACUUUCAUGCAAUCUUCCGCCCCUUCUGGAAUACAGGAGGUGAAAUGGGCCGGUGGGACGCAGAACUCAUCCCCCUCCUCCCGCCGUCAGUACGCAUCAUGGCCUCCGCAGGCGCAGGCUACGACUGGGCGGAUGUAGAUAUCUUCGCACAGCACGGAAUCAUAUACUGCAACGGCGCCGCCGCCUCCUCGGAAUCAGUCGCGGACAUGACCCUCUUCCUCAUCCUGGCCGUCUUCCGCAACCUCGCCUGGUCACACCAGGCCGCGCACUCCUGCAACCCGCAGCGCUUCCUCGACGCACACAAGAACUCCCCGCUGACAGCGCUGAACCCUCGCGGCCGUGUGCUAGGCAUCAUCGGGCUGGGCCAGAUCGGAUACACGAUCGCCAAGAAAGCGCACGCGGCCUUCGGCAUGCAGAUCGCGUACAACGAUCUAGUCCGCAAAUCGCCCGAGGUCGAGAACGCCGUUGGCGCGCGGUUCGUGGGCGAGCUGGACGCGUUGCUGGGGUUGGCGGAUUGCGUGGUGGUCGCGACGCCGUUUGCGGGGCGGACGCUGAUCGAUGCGGAGAGGCUGGGGAGGUUCAAGCGCGGGGCGCGGUUCAUCAAUAUCGCGCGGGGAUCAUUGGUUGAUGAGGAGGCGCUGCUGCGGGCUCUGGAUGAAGGGCAGAUCUCGGCUGCUGGACUGGAUGUUCAUGCUGAGGAACCGUAUGUGCAUCCGCGGCUGGCGAGGCAUGGGCGGGUGGUGAUGAUGUCGCAUAAUGCCGGGGGUACGGUGGACACGCAUGUGGGUUUUGAACGAUUGGCGAUGGAGAAUAUUGAGGAGUUUUUGCUGAGAGGGAAGGCUUUGACGCCGGUGAAUCUGCAUUUGAUCAAGACGUCGAAGAGUAUGCUGUGA